AGAGAAAGUUAUAAAAACCCGCAGCAAUUAACAUGUAGCAGUUAGUUUAAAAAAUAUUAAUACAAGUGUCAGUUAAAUUUGUGUGCAAUCCAACAUUUUAACGAUCCUCUGAACUACGAGAGUGGAAAUCGUUAUAAAUUAUAAAAUUGGUGUGGUUCCAUAAUCGUGCAAACAGUUCCAAAGUUGAAGUUCUAAUUUGAAGAGCUUUUGAUAAUGCGAAGCAGCCAGAGUGCAGAUUCGGAUUUACGUAGUCGAAAAUGCGGAAACAAAUUCAACAACAACAAACACGUCGACGGUGACGACACUUCGUAUUGGACAGACGAAGCCCAGACAACAAGAAACCCGAACAUAGAACAAACAACUGACAACAAUUCCCAAGUGACUAAAAUGUCAAUACCAAGCAUGUCCACAUUACAUCGCAGUAGUCUUGGCGAAAGUUCUGCUGAAGAUUUGGACAACGCCAUGUGGCGCAAUGAGUUACCGCAAAAUGAUGACGUCUUGCCAGAAAUGGAGCUGUCACAGGAGCCGGAAUUAUCAUCCGUGCCCGCCAGCAAGAAGAGGCUUAUCGACGUGGUCGAUGUUGUUUUACGUAUUGUGAUUGUGCUGGUUUUUUUCAAACUUGAAACUAUGACCGCAUUUAAGCGGGAAAUACACGCUGAGGAGCUGUGGCUUUAUAAGAAUCCACGUCGUCCUGACUACAUUAAAGGCGGCGAUCUAUUGUUCUUGGUUAUAGCCGUUCCUUUGGCUCUCACCAUUAUUUUCUAUGCGUUCACCAGGAAUCGAAGGGACUUUUGGGCAGCCAGUUGGGCAUGGACGCUGGCGGUGUGCACGAAUGCUAUACCUACGAGCAUGUUGAAGAUUACCGUGGGUCGACCGCGUCCAGAUUACUUUUAUCGCUGCUUUCCGGAUGGGAUUAUGGUGUUAAAUGAGACUGCCAACGCCUUGGGCAGCUCCAUUCUCGAUUUCAAUUGCACGGGUCGACUCAGUGAAAUAAAUGAAGGACGUAAGAGCUUCCCAAGUGGUCACUCAUCGUUUGCUUUCGCCAGCUUUGGGUUCGUGGCCUAUUAUGUAGGCGCCAAGCUGCACGCCUUCGAUGCCCGUGGACGGGGACAGGCGUGGCGACUAUGCAUUGCAGUUGUCCCUCUUAUUGUGGCCGCCUUGGUGGCUGUCAGUCGCACCUGUGACUACCAUCAUCACUGGCAGGACGUUACAGUUGGCGCACUGAUUGGCCUGUUUACCGGCUACUUUAGCUAUAGACAAUAUUAUCCCUCAAUCUUUUCGACUGAUGCCGGCACGCCUUUUGUUCGCUGGCCGAGAAACAAGCGCUCCCAAUUAGAAGUUAAGGACGUAGCUGGCGGGGAUGUGUUGAGAAGGCCGCUGCUUGGUAAACAGCAAAGUAAAUGGUCCUAAAUUAUCAUAGAGUAUUAGCUUUACACUAGUAUUGUUAUAUUCGUUAACAUUACUAAUUUAAAGAGCAGCAAAAUCGAAGUUAUAUUCCUAUGUAGGUUGAUUAUACCAGUUAAUGUCGGCUUUAAUGCACAGCUGUGUCGUCUUUCUGUUCAGAUUAGCAUGUAGGCUUGUAUCUAAUACUUGUAGCAUAGUGUAGAUGGCGACACUACAUAACAAAAGUGGGUAUUCUAGUUCAAUUUGUAAAGCUUUGUUCACUGUGGUACAAAAUAAUGCGAUAAAAAGGCUAAUUAAUUGUCUUAAAUUAAACUAAACAAUUGUUUGGGAACAAAUAAGGAAGCUAAGUUUACACAUAUGUACAAUAUUUAAGAAUAAAGAAAAUUAACCAUA